AUGUUAUCUGGAGACGCUCAUUUCCCGUUCCGCGCCAAUAACCAUUACACUAUCUUUACAUCCGCUCAGUUCUUAAAUAUGAGCAAAGGAAGUAGACGUUUUUAUCUCCCCCCUUCUCAUUCUCUCUAUCUGUCUCUCUCCACCUCUUUCUCCCUCCUUCAAUCUCCAUCUUUCUUUUUCUCUAUCGCUUUCACUCUCUCUAUCUCUUUUGUUAUCUAUCUAUCUAUCUAUCUAUCUAUCUAUCUAUCUAUCUAUCUAUCUAUCUAUCUAUCUAUUUCGUUCUCUCUUCAUCUCAUUUUAUCUCUCAUUCUAUCUCUCUCCCUCUCUCUCUAUCGAUCUAUCUAUCUAUCUAUCUAUCUAUCUAUUUCGUUCUCUCUUCAUCUCUUUUUCUCUCUUACUCUAUCUCUCUCCCUCUCUCUCUCUAUCGAUCUCUCUUUCUAUCUCCCUUAUCUAUCUAUCUAUCUAUCUAUCUAUCUAUCUAUCUAUCUAUUUCGUUCUCUCUUCAUCUCUUUUUCUCUCUUACUCUAUCUCUCUCCCUCUCUCUCUAUCGAUCUCUCUUUCUAUCUCCCUUAUCUAUCUAUCUAUCUAUCUAUCUAUCUAUCUAUCUAUCUAUCUAUCUAUCUAUUUCGUUCUCUAUUCAUCUUUUUUCUCUUUUCCUCUAUCUCUCUCCCUCUCUCUCUCUAUCGAUCUCUCUUUCUAUCUCCCUUCUCUCUUUAUCGUGCCAUCUAUCUAUCUAUCUAUCUAUCUAUCUCGUUCUCUCUUCAUCUCUUUUUCUCUCUUACUCUAUCUCUCUCCCUCUCUCUCUAUCGAUCUCUCGUUCUGCCAAAAAUUUACUCCUCGCACCAUCUAUCUAUCUAUCUAUCUAUCUAUCUAUCUAUCUAUCUAUCUAUCUAUCUAUCUAUCUCUUUCCUUCUUUCUCUCUCUAUACACACCCUAUCUCUUUCGUUAUCUAUCUAUCUAUCUAUCUAUCUAUCUAUCUAUCUAUCUAUCUAUCUAUCUAUUCUCUGUCUCUUCCUAUCUCUUUCUCUCUCUAUCUAUAUAUCUAUCUUCAUCUCUCUUCAUAUCUAUAUGUCGAUCUAUAUACAUCACUCUUCAUAUCUAAUUCUGUUCAUCUAUCUAUCUAUCUAUCUAUCUAUCUAUCUAUCUAUCUAUCUAUCUAUUCUCUCUCUUCCUAUCUAUCUAUCUAUUCUCUUUCCUCUCUGUCUGUCUAUCUAUUUAUCUGCCUUGUUCAGUUUUUGGCCAUACGCAUUUAUAGCAACGCAUCUAUAA